CUCUCUCGAGCUACACUACUUCCGUUAAGCUUACGGGUGCUUAACAAACCGUUACAACCUGAGAACUCGAGUCCCACGAGCCUCAAUACACUUGCUCGGAGAUACCGCACUCCAAGACUUCAACCCGAAGGAAUAUGCCCUUCCUUCGUACAACCAAGGGAACAAACCUCCCUUAAAGUGUUCACAACACUUAACCACUCAAGAACAAAAACUCUUUUAAAGAGUAGAAUAUGAGUAAACUAAUUUAGAUCAAGAACACACUCAAUUCCUCAAGAAAUGGCUCUAAAAAGCUAUGUAAAAGUUUAUGGAAUGAUGCAAUGUAAAGCUAUGAAAUGUGUGUGGAAUGGAUGUCAAAAGUAGACCCAAGUGACCCCUUUUUAUACCCAAAAACAAGGUGCAACGGUUGGGAGAAGAUUGGAGUUGAUUGGCUUGAUUUGUGGAAAUCAAAUAAAAGUGGAUCUACUGAAAUUUAGCUCGACAGCGCUGUUCAUAUGGUGAACAUCGCUGAACUUUUUCUAUCUCUUUGAAUCUUUUCAUUUUGUUCCAUGUUCCCAACGGUUUGUCAAUAUCAAAACCUAAACGGAAACAAACAUUGUCAUUAGCUAAAUGUCAAAGUGAAAAUGUUUUCCAACAAUUCCCCCCUUUUUGAUAAUGACAAACCAAGGAGGGGAUAUGCAGGCCAAGUUGGGUUUUCAAAGAGAGAGUAAUGUUAAGAAGUGGUUUGGAGACCACAAGGGUAAGUGUUGAAAUUAAUUUGGAGAAUCAGGUCAGUUUAUCUGAGGUUGCUACUUCUUUUGAUUCUGAAUUAGAAUCUGAAACUGAGGUAAUUGUUUCUCCUUUCCAAUCACAUAAUAACAUGGUAACUUUAAGGAAACUAGCUGCACCUGACCUUCAGACCCAGCCCAUGUCCAUUACAUAUGCUGUUUUGGAAAAACCAUUGAAAUUAAACUCUGGAUUUUUGAAUAUGCUUCCCAAGUUUCAUGGCCUGCCUGGUGAAGACCCUUAUAGACAUGUUAAUGAGUUCCUCAUAACAUGUGCAGCCAUGGAACUUGAAGGAGUUCCUCAAGAGCAAAUCAGACUUAGGGCCUUUCCCUUUUCAGUGAUGGAUAGAGCAAAAGAUUGGCUGUACUAUAUGCCUCCAGGGUCUUUUACAACCUGGCCAUCACUGCAUAGGGCAUUCUUAGAGGAGUUCUUCCCUGCCUCUAGAAUAGGAUCUAUUAAAAAGGAUAUCUGUGGGAUAAAACAACUGGGGAAUGAAUCAUUUUCUGAAUAUUGGAAGAGAUUCAAUAAACUCUGUACUAGUUGUCCUCAGCAUCAAAUCUCUGAACAGCUGCUCAUCGAGUACUUCUAUGAAGGGUUAUCCCUAAUGGAUAGAAGUAUGGUAGAUGCUGCCAGUGGUGGUGCUUUAGUUACUAAGACCCCAGAGGAAGCUAGGAAUUUGUUCAAUCUUAUAUCUCAGAAUACACAACAAUUUGGACUUAGGAUUAAUGAACCAAAAAAGGAAACUGAAUCUCUUGCAGCCCUCACUGAUCACAUUGCCAAUCUCACCAAGAUUAUGGGUCAAAUUGUUAGUGUGGGGGGAAUCAAGAAGUUACCUGCUCAACCAUUUCCUGCUCCUAAGGAGAAUGUGAGUGUUGUUGUCCUUAGGAAUAACAAGGUACUUCCUGAACCUUCCUUAGGGAAUGUUAGAAGGGAUCAAGAAAUUAUGGAAAAUGAACUAGACUCACAGAAAAUCCAAGAACCUGAAUUGGUCAACAAUAAAUCUGUUGUGACUCCUGACACUCCUAGGGCAGUUUACAAACCUCAGCCACCCUUCCCCAGUAAAUAUCAGAAUCAAAGGAAGAAUAGUAAAGAGCCAGAUGAUGAAAUAUUUGAAAUGUUUAAAAAGGUUCAAGUGAACAUUCCUCUUUUAAAUGCAAUAAAAAAUGAUCCAAAAUAUGCAAAAUUUUUGAAAGAGAUGUGCACUAAUAAAAGAAGGCUGAAAGGGGAUGAGAGGGUAAACAUUAGUGAAAAUGUAUCUGCCAUCUUUCAAAAGAAACUUUCACAGAAAUGUCAGGACCCUGGUGUGUUUUCUGUAUAUUGUAAGAUUGGAAAUUUGGAGAAUACCAAGGCUUUACUUGAUUUAGGAGCAUCCAUCAAUGUCAUGCCUAGGGAGUUAUUUGACCAGUUGGGGGUAGGAGAACUAAAAGAGACUGGGGUAGUUAUUCAACUUGCUGAUAGGAGUUUGACUUACCCUGAAGGGGUGGUUGAGGAUGUUUUGGUCCAGGUCAAUGACAUGCUCUUUCCUGCUGACUUUUAUGUCCUUAACAUGGGAAAGGAUUAUUCAGGCAUCCCACUCCUUCUAGGCAGACCUUUUUUGAAAACUGCUAAGGCCAAAAUUGAUGUUGAUGCAGGAACUUUGUCCUUAGAAUUUGAAAAUGAAGUUAUUAAGUUUAAUAUUUUUGAAGCAAUGAAGUUUCUUGAUCAACUCAAUCAAGUUUUUACAUUCGACAUCAUUGAUGAAAUGGCACAAGAUGUUUUUCAAUUAUCAAAUCAGGAUGAGCUUUUGAGUGUGGUGUCCAAUAGUCUGGAUCCUGAAUCCUUGAAAUUCUCUCCAUACACUGUAAAUUCAGAAAUUCAUAAAUAUGUUAAAAUGUUAUCUGAGGUUAAAACUGUUUCUUUAACUCAUACUCUAGAGCUGCCUAAAAAUGUACCCAGACAGUUGCCCUCCCUUGUCCAACCACCUGAGUUGGAUUUGAAACCGCUACCCUUAGAUCUUAAUGAGUUGGUUAACUAUUUGGUCACUGUAGAGUUUCCAGUAGGCAUGCCACAAGCUGAGAAAUGUGAACUCAAAGCUCAGUCAAGGACCAAGAACACACUUCCUUCCCUCUUCCUUGUUUUCCUUCCAUUCGGUCAUAACCUACUGCCCAUUAUCUUCUUCCUUAUCACCAUGUCAAACCAAUCUCAAACCCUCACCAAUGAAGAACUUCAAGCCUCCAAUGCUGCCCUAAAAGCUCAAGUUGAAUACUUAGCCAAGCAAGUAGCUCAACUCACCAAGAUGAAGUUAAGAAUGGCAGAUACCCCCGAGGAGAGUGAUGAAGAACAAGAGAUGGAAACAACCCUACGGAAGACUCCAACACCAACACCGGAGGCAGCUCUCAUGAGAAAGGAACCACAGAUUUCAAGGUUGACCUUCCCACCUUUGAAGGGAAGAAUGAUCCCGACAAAAUCCUAGAGUGGUUGGAAACUGUUGAGCGCGUCUUCGACUUUAAAGACAUUCCCGAAGACAAGAAGGUCAAAAUAGUGGCGUUGAAACUACGAAAGUACGCUUCUACAUGGUGG